AUGGAUGGCAGAGGCAGAGACAAAUGUUCCCAACAAGAUUUCCUUGUUCUCUGUAUCUCCCUAAACCAAUUGAAUUCUGUUCGAGAAAUUGUACGCUUGCUUAUCCAAGAUUGCUGUGGAUUCAAUCUCAAACAGGCCAUCUGGAAACAUCGCAACAGCUGUACAUUCAAAGACCACUUAUCUGGCAACUUCCGGAUCAACAACUGCUCAUGUAAGGUUGAAGGUCCUUUCAUUGUUGGAGGAGCAAAUGUGAUGAGUUUAGCGAGUAUUCUCACAUCCAAUAAUUACUCAAAAUCCAUCACUGGGCUUUCAUUCAGUAAAUUGUUGAUGCCGCCAUUUCAGUUGAAUUUUUUUCAUGUUGUUCGGCCUUUUAGUGCCAACAAUUUCAAGAGGAAGGCUUCAUGGAGCCUUAGAAGUGCAGCCGACGGCAGCCGGCUUAAUUCGUCGCCUAAAGACGACUUGGGCGGUGGGACCAGGCUUAUCCGGAGCAUACAAGUUGUUCAAUUGAAAAUAAUAGCACGACUAAAGGAGUUGAGAAAAAAUCUGCCUGUGAAAUUGUUCUCUUUCUUGGUGGGGUUUUAUUGCGCCACAGCUUUCGCAACAGUCAUUGGGCAAACUGGUGAUUGGGAUGUGUUGUCUGCAGCUGUAGCUGUGGCUGUUGUGGAGGGUAUUGGGGCCCUCAUGUACAGAGUCUCAAUUCCUUUGGUGGAUGACUUGAGGAAUGUAAUUGUCAUGUUCAAUUACUGGAAGGCCGGGCUCUCUCUUGGCCUUUUUCUGGAUUCAUUUAAAUACUAG